AUGGACGUUCAGUCUUACAAUUUUCUUGAAAUCGAAUCUCGUCUAGCGUUCUAUCCAACUGAAGUGAUGGUGUAUUUUGAAAAACAUCAUAUUUUCCAAAUUGUAUUUGAUUUAAUGCUGCUGUUAAACAAAAAUCGUCCGCAGUGUAUUGAGCAAUUUGUCGCGGAUAACAUUGAAUCCAUCGCUAAGAAGUACACCUGUACCAAUGCUUUCAUCAACGCUUCGGAUAAUAUCGACGCAUCUGUGUCGAAUCUUGACGAUGUACACAAGAAAAUCGUGGAACGCUCAAACUUUAUAAAAAUAAUCUCACCACACGCAGUGGUACGACAUUUCCAGCGGAUUGUGAUUAUUGGACGACCCGGCAGCGGAAAACAUCGUAUUGGACGCUGGUUAUCUGAACGGUUGGGCGUUACCCUAGUUUCUAUGACAGAUUUAUUAGCAGAGCAUUCAAAAAGCCAUGAUGGCUUCGGAAUGGCCCUGAAGAUAGGAUCACAAAAGAACUCGUACAGUUCCGAAUUAUUAGCAGCAAUUACUCAACGUAGACUGCUCCAACCGGACUGCCUUACGAAGGGUUGGAUAUUAACCGAUUUUCCAAAUACUGCUCAUGAUGUGGCAAGCUUUUUUAGAAUGCUAAUUACACCAAACAUGUAUGCGAUGUCUUCAAAGAAAAUUCAAACCAGCGUGUUGGAAAAACAUGAUUCUUCAAGCUGA